CGCUCCCUCGCAGCACAUCAUUACGCAACAGCUAUAAAAACUGCCACAACGUAUGACAAGCAAAACCAACCGUUACAACCGGUUUAAAAAUCGGUUUUGCCGUAUCGUAUGGUUACGGGAUCGUCUCGUCCUGUGUCGGCAUGUAUGGGGCUGUUUCGGGCCGAUACAUCCGUAUCGUUCAUGGACGAUACCGGCACGUCUCGGGUUAUACGUACCGGACGAUACACAACGCCUCCCGCCUUCUGCGAGUAGAAGCAGUCGACAAACUCCAAAAGAAACUCGACCGAAAUUCAAAUCUAUCCAAAAAACUAGCCGUUAGGCCUUCUAAAAAACCCAACAAGAAGAAGUACCCAUCUUCGUCUGCAGAAUCUGAGAUCGUUAAAUGCAACAUGGCCAUAAGCGACCACAUGAGGAAUGGCCGGUGCGAGUCCGCCCUUGAACUCUUCGGCGCAAUGACCAAGCGAACUACCGUAUCUUGGAAUGCUAUGAUAUCUGGGUACUUGAUGAAUGGCCGAUUCGACCUUGCCCACCGAUUCUUUGCUGAAAUGCCUGAGAGGGAUUUGGUUUCUUGGAAUGUUAUGAUUAACGGGUACAUCCGUAAACGUAAUUUGUAUGCUGCCCGCCUGAUUUUCGAUGAAAUGCCUGAACGAGAUGUUGUGUCGUGGAAUACAAUGAUUUCGGGUUAUACCCAGAAUGGGUAUGUGGAUGAAGCGAGGGAGAUUUUUGAUAGGAUGCCGGUUAAGAAUUCAAUCUCGUGGAAUGUGAUCCUUGUUGGGUAUAUACAGAAUGGGCGGAUUCAAGAUGCUUGCAGGCUUUUUGAGUCGAAGUUGGAUUGGGAUACAGUUUCGUGGAAUGCCAUGAUGUCGGGUUAUGUGCGUAGAAAGAGAUUGGCCGAUGCUCGGGCGUUGUUUGAUAGGAUGCCAGAGAAGGACUUGGUUUCUUGGAAUACAAUGAUCACAGGUUACACACAGGAUGGAGAUUUGACAGAGGCACAGAAAUUGUUUGAAGAAUCACCAAAGCGGGAUGUCUUCACUUGGACUGCCAUGGUGUCUGGAUACGUGCAGAAUGGGAUGUUGGCAGAAGCGAGAAGAGUGUUUGAUGAAAUGCCCGAGAAGAACUCUGUUUCUUGGAAUGCGAUGAUUGCUGGGUAUUUGCAAUGUAAAAUGAUGGAUGCAGCUAAGGAGUUGUUUGAGGCAAUGCCAUGUCGAGAUAUUAGUUCUUGGAAUUCAAUGAUUACAGGUUAUUCCCAAAACGGGGAGGUUGAUCUUGCUCGUCAGCUAUUCGAUGAGAUGCCACAACGUGACUCAAUCUCUUGGGCGGCAAUGAUUUCUGGGUAUGCUCAGGGUGGUUUUAGUGAAGAAGCAUUGUGCCUUUUUAUACAAAUGAAAAGAGACGGUGAGAGGAUUACAAGGUCGACGUUCACCAGUGCUUUGAGUACAUGUGCAGAUAUUGCGGCUUUAGAGUGUGGGAAGCAAGUGCAUGGCCGUCUUGUCAAGGCAGGAUAUGAGACAGGUUGCUUUGUGGGGAAUGCACUUCUUGUAAUGUAUUGUAAGUGUGGGAGCAUAGAUGAAGCAUACGAUGCAUUUGUGGGAAUGCCGGAGAAGGAUGUGGUCACGUGGAACACAAUGAUCCAAGGUUAUGCAAGACAUGGAUUUGGCAAGGAGGCAGUGGAAGUCUUUGAAUCGAUGAGGAUGACGGAUGUCAAACCCGAUGAUGUCACCAUGGUUGGAGUUUUAUCGGCAUGCAGCCAUGCUGGCUUAGUUGACAAAGGCAUGCAUUACUUCUACUCUAUGAAUCAAGAUUAUGGUAUAGCAGCGAAGGCACAGCACUACACUUGCAUGAUCGAUCUUCUUGGCCGAGCAGGGCGCAUGGAAGAUGCUCAGGCACUCAUGACAAGUAUGCCAUUUGAACCAGAUGGGACAAUGUGGGGAGCUUUGCUUGGUGCAAGUAGAAUUCACGGCAAUACAAACUUAGGAGAGAAGGCAGCUGAAAGGAUUUUUGAGAUGGAGCCUGCAAAUUCGGGAAUGUAUGUUCUCCUCUCAAAUUUGUAUGCAGCGGCAGGUAGAUGGAGUGAUGUAAGUAAGAUGAGAGUGAUUAUGAGAGACAGAGGUGUGAAGAAGGUGCCUGGUUUCAGUUGGAUUGAGGUGAAGAAUAGAGUCCAUACGUUCUCAGUCGGUGAUUCUGUGCACUCUGACAAGGAGAAGAUCUAUGCUUUCCUGGAGGAGUUGGAUCUGCAAAUUAAAGAAGCAGGCUAUGUGUCUGCAACAAAAUUGGUGUUGCAUGAUGUGGAAGAGGAGGAAAAAGAGCAUAUGCUUAAGUAUCACAGUGAAAAACUAGCUGUUGCAUUUGGGAUUUUGAAUGUGCCUCCUGGUAGACCCAUUCGGGUGAUCAAGAACCUCCGAGUAUGUGAAGACUGCCACAAUGCUAUCAAACACAUAUCAAAGGUAGUGAGGAGGUCAAUAAUCUUAAGGGACUCCAACCGGUUUCACCAUUUUAACGAUGGUUUGUGUUCAUGUGGGGAUUACUGGUAAGAAAGAAGAAGACAAUGAAUGAGAAGGCCUGGUCAAAGAGUCUGCUGUGUCUGUCUAAAUCAGCUAACCCUUGGAUCUCAUGUUGGAAGUUUCAUGUUCUUAUGGAGAUUAGGGGUGUGUCUGAGAGAGGUCAAAUGGAAUCGUCAUUCAAGGAAGAAGCGAGACUAAUAGGGCUCUCAAUGGGCUGGGCCUAGGGUUGGCUUGGCCUGGAUUUUGAACUGUUCGGGCUGGGCCUGACAAGCCUGGCCUAUUCAAAAUUUUGAAUUUGCGUGGCCUGAGCCUGACCCAUUGACAGCCUCCAAAGACUAAGGUCCAGCUUGAUAUGGUUCCAUCAAAGGAGAUCGACUGGAUCAGUAUAUGUUCCUUUAGAUUACUGAUAUUAAGGCAGCAUAGGAACUGAAAAUUGCAAGGAAGAAGAUGUUGAAUAUGUGUGUUUACCAAAUCGGAAACUGAAACUAGCCUUUUUCUUGUGGGGAUUGUUGACUAUCCAAUAGGAGGUUGGACGAUAUUAUUGGGAAGAUGGAUAGAGAAAAGUGCCUGUCUAGAGAAGUGGCUUUUUAUUGCCUUGACUGCCUAAAGAUGAUCGGAAUGACGUUGCUUUGGAUUGUUGAUAUCUAACAUGCAGUUAUAAGGACUGUAAAUGGAAGAAAGGUCAAUUUGGUUACUGUUAAGUGGGACGUCAUAGGGGAAGUUGAAUUUUCUUUGGAGACUGGUGGAGAGAGCCCGAAGGAUGUUGCCAAUCAGAAAAGGCAGCCAGCCCAGGAAAACAACCGAGUCAGACAAGGAUGGUUUUGUUUCCAAGCCAUGGGGGCGAGCCCAAGAAGAUUAUAGAGCUACUUCCAGAUUUUCUUUCAAUGAAUCAACAUUAUUUAUGAGAAGAUAAAAAUAUGUAAUCUACCCAAUAUUUGUGCUCAUUUAAUGAGUUGAAGAAUCAAAGUUUUCACGACUAAUGGCGUGAAAUUGGGGUUUUGUAAAAAAAAAGCUUAUAGGACUACCUUUCAAAAUUUUAACUAAGAAAGGACCUGUGAA